UAGACUUUUUAUUCAUUUAGUCUCAAAGUUCUCUUCUCUCUAACUUUGAUCUGGUUUUAAAUUCUGAAACAAAUAAUGAAAAGAUAUUUGAUAUUCUUUUUGUCGACACUAAUAUUCACAUUUGGUAUUGUUUCUGGAAAUGUCGAAUCCAUUGAUAUUAAACAGGACUCCGAUGUCUCGGAAAACGAAGUGCCAGAAAGAAACGGCAAUUCGUUUCGUCAAAUCCUAAGCAAUCUUCCGGGAAUACGUUUGGGAAGAAUCGGACAAAAUGCUAACCGAGAAAACAUCGAGACUUUGAGACAAGUGAUUCAGGCCUCCCCUCACUUAGACCUCCAACAAUUGUCUGCCUUCACUACCCCUCCCAUCAUCGAAUCCAACUGUUAUGUCGAAGUCCAAGUGAUCCAACGGAUGCCUGGAAAGUGUACUAAGUUAGGCGGACGUAUUCCCGCCUGUCAAGCACAAGAUUUUGUCACAAUUGAUUACAACACUUGUAAAUAAUAUAAGCAUUUAUUUUAACCUAAUAUUAGAC